ACGCACGGAGCAAGUCACGCUCCUCGGCCCCCCGCUCCCUCCCCCUUGAUUAGUGAUUACUCGCUCGCUCUCGUCUCCUCCGCCUCCGCCACCGCAGUUACCAUCUCGCAGACGCAGACGAAGACGCGGACGCGCACGCCUCGGUGCUCCACUCGCCGCGCCCCCACGACCACGAGCGCAGCGAGCUUUAUAUCCCAAUCCGCCGGUGAGAGUGCGCACGACCACCGUAACUAGGCUGACACUACACUACGUGCUCACGCGUUGGUGUCUCCGCUAGCUAUCCCACUGUGCCUGCGUGUGCUAUCACAACUGACCAGCGCUACAGCAACAGCAUGGGCGCGGAGGCUCCGGCGACGACGACGGGCAAGAAGCAGCCGCCGCCGUCGUCCCUGCCGCUGCCGCCGGCGCUGUUCCUCGUCCGCGCGCGGUCGCGGCCGACUGGCCGGGUGGCAGACCUGGGCGGCGCCGCGGCGUGGGCGUCGGGCCCGCCGGACACGCCGCCGCGCCGCUCCCCCGUCACCGUGCCGUUCCUCUGGGAGGAGGCGCCCGGGAAGCCCAAGGCGCCGCCGCAGCAGGGCCAGGGCGACGGCGGGAACGGCGCUCCGGCUGCCCCUGCGGUUCCCGUCGGCGCCGCUACUGAUACUACUACUACCACUGCCCGUCCCACUGGCGCCGGUGAUCACGCCAGCAGCGGCGGCGCCGCGGAGGAGGUGGCGCGGCCCGUGCCGCUGAAGCUGCCGCCGCGGCUGCAGCGGGUGGCCUCCGCGAAGCAGCAGAGCGACGGCUCGCUCUCCCCCAAGGCCGUGCUCCACGGGCCCUACUACUAUGGCUUCAACGGCGGCGGCGGUAAGAGGCCGCCGAGGAGGACCUCCAGCGGCUUCGCUGCGUUCCGGAGGAACCCGAGCGCCGGCGUGGGCCUAUUCUCCUGGAGCAAGAGUAAAGGCGGUGGCCGCCACGGCCAUCUUAGCGCCGCGGCUCCGGACGCCCCGUGGUGCUCGCCGGCGGCGUCGUCGGUCUUGUCGACGUCAUCAUCCUCGUCGUCCGUGUCCACCAGCUGCUUGGGCGACGACCACGGCCACGGAGGCGAACGGCGGCCGGCCGACGGGCGCGAGGAUGGUUCGUCGGAGGAGGACGAGUGCGCCAGGGCGUCGGUGAGGAUCACGAGGUUGAGACGGAACCGGAGCUUCCCCAGCAUGACCAAGUCUCACCUCUGGGCAAGUAUCCGCAAGAGCGUCAAGCAGAUUACUCCAUGGAGCUAGAUCCAAUGCAAGUUGGGCGGCCACAAGGUACUGACGCCACUGCAAACUAAUAAUCGGGUGCCCAAACUGCAACUUGUGGCGCCAAUGGAAGAUUUGAGGAAGCGUACGAGCAUGUGCAACAAGGCAACAAGUAUGUACCGCUGCAUGUACAUAGAUAAAAAAAGAUUGCAACGCACGGUGCCAAUGUUGCAUAUACAGGCCCUGAACUUUGGCAUGCACAUGCAUGUCUGGACCGACGACUUAUUAGAACCAAAUUUAUCGUGUGUGUACGGUAGAACCGAUGUUGAGCCAGUUCCUUCCCAAAAUGUGAUACGACUACAAUAACAACAUGUGUUAAGGCCUCCAUCUGGCGAAGAACGCCGAGGGUUCUCCGCAUCAAGCCAAUUUGCCAUCGUCGUCGGAGAAACUGAAAAUGAGCUGUUGAAAGGUGUAGCAAUGGCUUCUACUCUAUUGACGUUUCUUGGGAUAUAAUAAUUGCUUGAUUCGUUACUCUCGGUGGCGUGGCAAUUUUACGGUACACAAUACUACUACUUAGUAGUAUAUAUUAUAUAAGAUGUAUUAUUAUGGACAAACAAA